AUGUCAGUAAAAAUAGGCAUAAUUGGUGGCACGGGGCUUGAUAAUCCUAAUAUUCUUGAUGAGAGAGUAGAAAAGGAAUAUGAUACACCAUACGGCAAGCCUUCUGAUCAACUAAUAUCUGGAAAAAUUAAAGGCGUUCCUUGUGUUUUAUUAGCACGGCAUGGUCGUAAACAUUCCAUCAUGCCGACCAAUGUAAACUUUCGCGCUAAUAUUGACGCCUUGAAGCAAGCUGGUUGCACACAUGUAAUUGUAACUACUGCAUGCGGGUCAUUGCAACAACAUGUCGAACCUGGCGAUAUUGUCAUCCUUGAUCAAUUCCUUGAUCGUACGACUAAGAGAACUUCUACCUUCUAUGAUGGUCAUCAAAACAGCCCAGCCGGAGUAUGCCACAUCCCUAUGAGUGAGCCUUUCUGUGCUAAGCUACGAGAGACCAUUUCAAACAGCGCUUCAAGCCUCAAUCUGAAACAUCAUCGGUCAGGAACUGUAGUGACGAUCGAGGGCCCCAGAUUUUCUUCCAGAGCUGAAAGCAGACUUUUCAAGAGCUGGGGGGCUACUGUUGUAAAUAUGACCACUGUACCUGAAGUCUGCCUUGCGAAUGAAGCUGGUCUACUAUACGCAAGUAUAGCUCUUCCAACGGAUUAUGAUGCUUGGUUAGAAACGGAGCAAGCUGUAACGGUCGAAUUAGCACUCGCCGCAUUUAAGCAGAAUAUCAAUAAAGUUAUUGAUCUACUUCUUGAUGUUGUACCCCGAAUUGCUGCAAUGGAUUGGACAGAAGAAAUCAACGAAGCCAAGACGAAAGCAUCAACUUCAGUAAUGCUGUCCCAUUAA